CCAGGCAGUCCCAGAACAUGGUGAUGAGCUUCCGGGUCUCCGACCUGCAGAUGCUGCUGGGGUUCGUGGGCCGCAGCAAGAGCGGGCUGAAGCAUGAGCUGGUCACCAGGGCGCUGCAGCUGGUGCAGUUCGACUGCAGCCCCGAGCUCUUUAAGAAGAUCAAGGAGCUCUACGAGACUCGUUACGCGAAGAAGAGCGCUGAGCCCGGACCGCAGCCGCACCGGCCCCUGGACCCCCUCACCGUACACUCGGCUUACGAGCGGGCCGGUGCUGUGCCCAGGACUCCCCUGUCGGGCCCCAAUAUUGACUACCCCGUGCUCUACGGGAAGUACCUGAACGGACUGGGACGUUUACCCGCCAAGACGCUCAAGCCCGAGGUCCGCCUGGUGAAGCUGCCCUUCUUCAACAUGCUGGAUGAGCUGCUGAAGCCCACGGAGUUGGUCCCACAGAAUAACGAGAAGCUGCAGGAGAGUCCCUGCAUCUUCGCGCUGACGCCCAGGCAGGUGGAGCUGAUCCGGAACUCCAGAGAGCUGCAGCCGGGAGUCAAGGCCGUUCAGGUCGUGCUCAGAAUCUGUUACUCAGACACCAGCUGUCCUCAGGAGGACCAGUACCCGCCCAACAUCGCCGUCAAGGUCAACCACAGCUACUGCUCGGUCCCGGUGAGGAGGCGGGGGUGGGGCGCGAAGAAGGGGCGGGGCUGGUGGAGAGGCCGAGCCCAGAGCUACUCAGCGGCGCUGUACCUGGUGAGGCAGUUGACCUCAGCUGAGCUGUUGCAAAGGCUGGAAACCAUCGGGGUGAAGCACCCGGAGCUGUGCAAAGCGCUAGUCAAGGAGAAGCUGCGCUUGGACCCCGACAGCGAGAUCGCCACCACCGGUGUGCGGGUCUCCCUCAUCUGCCCGCUGGUGAAGAUGCGGCUCUCGGUGCCCUGCCGGGCGGAGACCUGUGCACACCUGCAGUGCUUCGAUGCCGUCUUCUACCUGCAGAUGAACGAGAAGAAGCCCACCUGGAUGUGCCCAGUGUGUGACAAACCAGCCCCCUACGACCAGCUCAUCAUCGAUGGGCUCCUGUCCAAGAUCCUGAGUGAGUGUGAGGACGCCGACGAGAUCGAGUUCCUGGCUGAUGGGUCGUGGUGCCCCAUCCGUGCCGAGAAGGAGCGGAGCUGCAGCCCCCAGGGCCCCAUCCUGGUGCUUGGCACCUCGGUCACCAACGGGCUGGCGCCCACCCCCAAGGUCAACGGUGGAGGCGGUGGCGUGGUUAACUCCCUAGGAACAGCACCGAUGUCCACGUCAGCCCCCGCCAUCGGGGUCCCCAGGGCCCGCAGGAUGUGGGGUGGUUCCCCUCCCUUCUCGCUCUUGGGUUUUUCCACGGAACUGUCCUAA